UAGAGUAUGGACGAGUAGUAGUGAAUUUACUACGAACUUGACGUUUCGGUACUUGAAUGAACUGUAUGUGAUAAGGACUUUCAGUGUGAGCGUAUUGUUUUCGGUGGGAAGUUUAUUGGAUUUGUUGGAUAUUUGCACUGCGAGAUACAAAAUGGAGCAAGUUACUAAAUAUUUAAUUAUAAUUACAUCUCUAAUGACAGCAAAGCUGAGAUUUACAGAAAGCAAGAAUAAUGCAGUACCUAAUACUACGAGAAAUUACUAUCCGAUACCUUACAUCAAUAUUUGCGAUAUAAUUGGUCGGUCGUCAAAAAUAUACUGCUACUGCAACAAUAUUGAUCCAGAAUUGACCACAAGGGCUGAUUGUUGGAUUUUUAGUGAAAUCAAAGAGGAUGAUCCUAUAUGGCCCAAUUUCUCAUCGCAAUCAGGAUUAGAAUAUAUCACGUUUAAUGUACGAUCAGAAAACGUGUUAACUUUUAUACCGACGAAGGCUAUAUCUUCACUCGAUAAACUAAAACAGAUAUCCAUACAAUUUGGAACUAUAAAAAGAAUACCACCGUAUGCUUUUAAAAAUUUACCCAAACUCCGCCAAAUAAUUUUAAAAUCUAACAAAAUCAAUAUUUUGGAGAAGUAUUCCUUUUCUCACAUGAUGUCACUCUCUAAUUUGAGUUUGGACGAAAAUGAAAUUACCGAAUUGAACACCGACAUCUUUUUUGAUUUACCAAAUUUGCAAAUUUUGGAUUUGUCAUUCAACAAUAUAAGUUUAAUACACGAAGGUUGUUUUAAGCAUCUGGACAAUUUAAAAGAAUUAAAUUUAGACAAUAAUUAUAUAUCAGUAAUUACAAAAGAAAUGUUAGAGGGUCUGGAAAAUCUUUCUAAAUUAAACAUUAGAUAUAAUAAGCUGACAAUGAUUGGCAACUUAGCUUUCAGUGAUUCUUCGGGAUUAAAAGAGUUGCUAAUAGAUAAUAAUGAUAUAGAAUAUGUUUCUGAACGUGCAUUCGGUGGUCUUUCACAGCUGAGAAAACUCACUUUAUCAGGAAACAGACUUUCGAAAUUCUACGAAGAUGUACUCGACGAAGUAAGAAAUCUUGUAAUUUUGGAUCUACGAGGGAAUCUGUUGGAAACAAUAUCGUACGAGGCAAUUCGGACGGUCGUGGAAAACGAUAAAUCAGCUUCAAUAGCAGUAUAUUUGGAUGAUAACCCACUGAACUGCGAUUGCCGCUUGUCCUGGGUAUACCUUCUACGGAACGAGACCAAACACAACGCGUUGCUGAACGCACUCGAGAAAAUCUCAUGUGUCAUGGAACCCCAUGGGCACGACGGGAAGGAUAAAGUGUACAAUAAGAACUUGUUACCAGACGAUAGCUAUGAUUAUUACGAUACUAAUAAUAAUGAUUAUAACAAUUUUAUUAAACCUACAAAUAAUGAAGGUAAGAAACUUAUAAAUAUACCAAUAGACGCACUUCCCUGUCCGAAGGAGAUAAUGAAAUCUAUCGAGGAAACUUAUGGACACCCAGUCCAAAAUGAAAUUAAGGUAAAAGCAUUCUCGGUCGCCGGUAGAAUUAGCCCCGACUUAACUAUAAUCAUAUUGCUUGGCAAAUUGUUGUAUUAAUUAAUAAUUAGGUUAAUUAAUUAAUUGUUGUAAAAUUGAAAGUAUAUUUGUGAUAUUAGAUGUUAAAUGUUAAAUAUACUCUAUCACUAAAUAUAAUGUUAAAGAUUAAAUCAGAAAGUUCUUUAUCAUUUUAUAAGCUAGGACCGUUCAAUACAGAUGUCUUAUAAACUCCUUUGUAAAAAAGCGGACAUUUAAUAUAAAAAUAGAAUAUUUGUUCACGAAAUGAAAUUUUUGGACAAAAGAAAACUGUGGCAACGCUUUUCGAAUAUCUCUAGUUAUUAUGUCAAUUUCUAGAAGUUUUUUUUUUUCUGAUAGUUUAUAAAAUACAGAACUUCUUCGAGUCUUUUUUUUAAGUUUGUUUAAUUUGAAUUCAGAAUUCUUAACGCUCGCUUCACAAUAUAUCAGCUGUGAAUAACAGUAUUUUUAAUAAUUAAAAUUAUUUAAAACAAAAACAACUUUUAGACACAUACAACAAAAUACUAACUACUCGUAUUUAAUGAUAAUAAAUCUACGAUUAUUUCCAAUACAAUAUUUUAAAAAUAAAUUUAAAUUAUCCAAUUUUUAAUUUAUUGUAAAUGUGUCCGUUUUUUUACAAAAGCGUAUACUAAUUUUGAUGUUGUCAUGUAAUAAUUAUUAUUUAUAAGUAUAAAUGAAUUCGUCAACGCAUUUCUUUUCAAAGUAGUAUUUUAAAUAAACCUGAUUAACUUUGUAAAUAAAAUAUUGUACAAAACUUUCAAUAUUUAUAAGUCUGUUACUAGAAAGAAAUAUAUUAUUAUUUUUACAGAGUUAUUAAGUUUUAUAAUCGAAACUGGCGUUUCAAAUAUUUUUUUGAAAUGAAAUGAAAUUUAUUGCGAUGAGUGUGGUAAGUUUAGUUUAGUAUUACAAUAUAAUUUGCAAAUAACAAUUUAUUAUUCAAAUCAAAUCACAGCAAAAUAACUACUUACCUAUUGUAAUAUCUGUUUUUUUUUCUAUACUGACACAAAUAGUCAUUAAAUUAGGAACUAAAAUAACAGUGUGUAAAAUACUUAAACAAGUAGCUAAAUGAAAAAUGUUUCAGUGUAAGGUUUCCUUAAUAAUUAUUACUUUUUCUUGAAAUUAUUCUUUAAUAAAAAAUUAAAAUAUAAUAAGAUUAUUUACUAAUUGGACCAAGUAAAAAAGCAGAUUAAACUUAAUCAAUUGACAACAUGUAAGAAAAUGCUGAAUGUCUGUAAGUAAUUAAUAAACUUUUGCGUUGUUUACACAUAUUUUGAAUACACAAUCGGAACUUAACGACUUUAUAACCCAAUGGUUCUAUCUACCGAGCGUCACUAUUGUCCGCGGAUAGUACAUGAAGCAAUAGAAGUUAGGAAAAAUCCGAAAAAUUUCAAUAGGGAAGAUGAAGGGUUUCGUCAGCAUGGAACCCAUGGAAUGGUGAUUAGUAUACUAAAACAUGCGAUAAUUUGUUUAGACGCAGUGUAGAUACCGUGAUUGCGGUGUGUAGGGUGACUCUAGAAAAUAAUGUGAGGGUACCCAAAAAUACUACGCUAGCUGCCAAACGAAGACGCCGCUCACUUUAGUCCUGUCGUGACCACGACGUGGUGCAGUCCACGUCAAAACGUCGGCGAUAAAGAAACAGAUAUGUAGGUACAAUUUACCUGUAAAAGCUUUUACAAUUCGUUAAGCCCCGAUUGGGUAUUUAAAAUAUGUCUAUAAAUUAAUUAAUUUGAAAACCUUAUAUAGUAUCUUCAGAUUUAAUUAAUACAUACUAUUCAGAAACUCCAAUUAUGAAUCUACUGAGAUUCUUAUUUUAAUUAAAAUAUUUGUAUAAAUUGUAUUAAAAAGAAGUAAGCAUUGAGUACCCCAAAAGAAUGAAUUUUUUGCUGAAGGAUAUCAUAUAAAAUUUCACAUAAAAUAAUCUUUCAUCAAACGACCUUAAAAAAAGAAAGAUCUCAAGCAAUUGGGCAUUUUUCUAUAUAAGUAUUUACGUGUGUAUGUGUGAUUUUUUUUUGUCGCAUAGAUAGAAAAUCUCUGCAACAUUUAUAUUGAUUUAACGUUGUAAAUAUUGUCUCUUGUCCAAAUAUCUAUUUCUUUGUUGUUGUCGUUGGAGCAACCAAAAUAAACAUUUGUCUUUGUUUCAUUUUAUAUUUAAUUCAAAUAUUUUGUAUCAUAAGAAGCCAAAGAAGAAAAAACAAAAUACGGUCAAUGUAUCAUUGUUAUUCUAAAAGCCAUAAAAAUGUGAAUAAAAUAAAUAGAUAUUUUACUGUUAUAAAGUAAGAUCAUUCUUAUAUAAAUAAACGAUGAGAAAAUGUCACUUGUUGAGUAAAAUCAUACUCAACUUGUAUUCAAUUUAUAUCUCUGUGGUCUACAAAUUUAUUUGUAAAAUUGGUUAUAUUAUCCAUUAAAAUUAAUAUUAUUUAUUAUUAUAAUUUAAAAAAAAAUGACUGAACUGAACUGAAAAACCUGUACAUUUGGUAUAUAUACUAUGAUAUUAAACUAUAAUAUUGAUUCACUGAUUUAAGGAAUCAAAGAGUAUAUAAUCAUGAUAAGUUUUAAAUAUGUUAAUAAAAAAUAGUUUAAUUAAAAACAAAUUAGCUUUUUACUACAGAUAAAAUUCAGCCAAAAUUUUACUGGAGCAUAUGAUGCAGAGGAAGACUUACUUUUGUUAUUUAAAUCAAGAGGCUACUCCACCAACAAUAACACUCUAAAAUACAAAGAACAUUAACUUUUAUUUACACGACUAGAUCAAUUUUAAAAGUAGUAAAUAAAAUAAAUGAAUAUACAGAAAACUCAGCUAUUAAAAUAUAAAAAAUGUGACAUUUUUUAAAACAAACUAUCAAAGUAAAUGUGUAUUUUUAAAGCUAAGCUUAGGAAACGAUAUGCUCCAUUAUGACUAAAUAAUUAAUUAACUUAAAAAAAAAGAAACUGUUCUAUGUUCAAUAGUAUAUACUUUUAUGUUUAUUUUACAAUAAGUUUUAAUAACAAAGUAAACUAAAUUCCCACGAAAUAUUGUCGUAUGUACUCGUACGCCCCUGAACAAUACGAAAUAACAAACAAACUGUCUCGUGUCGUAUUUGCAAUGUUCUAACUGGUAACAAGAGAAUAUCUCAAAAACAAAAGUUAAGUUUACAAACAAACCGAGACCGAGCGAAAAAUUUUAUAAACAAACACACUGCUCUUACAGUACACCAAAAUUUUGUUUCGCAAAUAAAAAAUAUGGCUAUCCUACCAAAUAACAAAUCAUUAAAAGAAUCCCUUCUUGUUUAGGAUGAUGUAAGGAUUCAAACAAUAUCUCAUACAUCCAAAUUAGUCCAGGCAUUUCAAAAUUAUAGAGAAAUAAAGAAACUCACACGCAUAUAUAAAUACUCCUUUUUUAGUAGUUUAAAAAUCUGAAAAAAUUUUUAGUAAUACUGAAACAACUGAAUACUGAAUGUAUACAAUAUUUCCACCAAAUAUGAUUUGCAAGUAGAAAAAAAUAUAGUGAUAUUUAAAUCAUACAUAAUAAUUAUGUAUUAAACCUGUCUCCCUUAUACUCGUAUACAGAAAUAAUGGAACUUCAAAUGUUUUGGUUCAAACAGACCUCUUCUGUCCUCUAUAUUCAUCAAUCUAUUCAUUCGUUGGUUGCGAGUACAUUCAACUUGACAAAAUCUUUGUAAAAAAAAUAAGUAAUGCUAUUAAAUUCUCUCGCCUAUAACACAAUGGAUUUAUUUCUGAAGCACAAUUCUUUAUCUCUCCCAAAAUAGAAUUUCAAUUUGAUAUCACAGCGAAAUAAUGAUUCUAAGGAUCAGUGUAAACUAAACUUUUAGUAGAACUGCAUUAGAAAUACUUUAUAUUUAAUUCUUAAUGGUUCAUAUCAUAAUAAACUAAAAUAUCAGUUUGAAAUUUUAAUUUUAGAAAUAAGAAGGGAAUGGCACCUCAGAAUUGACCUCAAUAUAAUCUCAGAUGGAGUAGUCAGAGGUAUUUUUGGAAUUGUGCCAUUUCUUGGACCUCGUAAUCAUAUCUGUGACUCAUAUCAGAUUCAAAAUUCUUCUCACUUAAAAGAGUAUAAACUUUUAAUUCUAAAAGGCUUAUUAUACUAUCAAUAAUAUAUAGGAUCGGUAAAAAAUUAUAUAAAUAUCUUGUAAACAUGGAACGUGUGGCGAUUUUAAUUUCAAAUCUAUAAUUUAAGUCUACGUUUUAAUAGAUAUAAGUGUUAUUUUAAAAAAUGUAUGUUAUUUUUUUAACUACGAGUACACAGAGUGAUAUCGAAGCUAUUAACAAUUUUAUAAGGGAAUGUAAAAUAAGAGAAUAGUAAACUAUUACCGUGUAGCGUUAAUUCCCGUCUCUAAUAAACCACAACCCAUGCAACGCUCUCGCGUUCUAAACUUUCGUCUCGAAUUUAAAAUGAGAGCAUUCGAAUAAAUUUUUCAAUACUUAGGUUGAUAAAUAAAAAUUUUUUUUUGUUUCUACCAUCUUCAAAAAUAAUGAGAUUCAUAAUUCAGUUGCAUUUUAAGUUUGUUACCUCAUAACUUCAUCAGUUGUAAACCGAUUUGAAAAAUUCUUUUUUUUUAUCUGAAAAAAUAUACUUACAGAUUGAUUCCAUAGGGAUUUUAUCUAAAUCGAUUGAGUAGUAAAGUUUUUAGAUCAAAAUCAUUAAUUUUAUCACAAUUGAAGUCGGUUCUUUUUUAUAACACAAUCCUUAAUUAUUGAAUAUUAAUUCAAUUAUUGAAUAUUAAUUCAAUUAUUGAAUAUUAAUUCAAUAAUUAAUAAAUUCAAUCAAAUAAUAAUAUUUACGAAGUUUCUACAUUAUACUCAUAUUUUACAGCAUGGGUAAAUACUUAAUUUUACUUGUGGUUAAUGACCUCGAUUUCGCUCUAUAUAACUGAUAACGAGAAUUUAAUGAACUUACUAUAUCGCAAGGAUGCAAUGUAGAAACAAUGUGGUGUCAGUGUGGAGUGAUUAUUAUUAUUGUAUCCAUCUAAGUAGCUUUCCAAAUUCCACAUAAUUAUUAUAUUUUUUUUAAAUAGUCAUAUGCAAAAUAUAGUCACAUGGCAUCACUGACUUUUAUGAAGCACUAAUGAAACGGAACAAUUCCAUCAUACAUUAUUAUAUUA